AUGAGGCGUGACGUCACCACCCUGGCAUUUGGUUUGAAUGCGCGUUGACAGGCAUUUCUGCAGGAAACGCGCGCGCGCACACCGCGUCUCCCUCCUCUUUUCUCUCCUCCCUCCCUCACUCAUUAGGCGUCACACCGGCAGAAACAUCGACACACUCCCUCACCCCUCAAACCGGGAAUAAACACGGCUGAGGACGGAUCCACCUCCCGCGCGGCGCGCAACAUCCAUGCUCCCCACCACCUCCACUACCACCCCUCUUGGAUGGAUGUCCGUCUGACUGGAGGGUUGCUGGAUCGUUUUUCUGGACGUACAGAAAAGAGUGAGAACUUGGAGGCGAAUAGGAAGAUUUAGGAGUCCUCCCUGACAGAAGGGGGCGCCAGCAGGCAUGCAGGACUCAGCCUCUGACAACAAAAUGGCAAAACAGGAGCAGAACUCCAAGUAUCUGGACGAGCACAAAGACACCGACGACAUGUCUGAGAAGACUUCCCCGAACAAGAACCUCAAAUCCCCACAGAAAGGAUCCAAACGGCUGAAAACUUUUCCUUUCAAAGUGACUCUGCUGGAUUCCUCUGACUUCGAGAGUGAAAUUGAGAAACACUCCAAGGGACAGACGCUGAUGCACAUGGUCUGUGAGCACCUCAACUUGCUAGAGAAGGACUACUUCGGCUUGACCUUUGCUGACUCAGACACCCAGAAGAACUGGCUGGACCCCUCCAAAGAGAUCAAGAAGCAGAUGCGCCACUCGCCGUGGCACUUCGCUUUUGCUGUCAAGUUCUACCCCCCAGACCCGUCCCAGCUCACAGAGGACAUCACCAGAUACUACCUGUGUCUGCAGCUGAGAGAUGACAUCCUGUCAGGCCGGCUGCCGUGCUCAUUCGUCACUCACGCCCUCCUGGGCUCGUACACCGUCCAGGCCGAGCUGGGAGACUACGAGCAGGAGGAUCACGGCUCCGACUACGUCAGCGAUUUCCGGCUGGCUCCUAAUCAGACCCGGGAGCUGGAGGAGAGGGUGAUGGAGCUCCACCGCAACUACAAGGGGAUGACUCCCGCUGAGGCAGAGCUCAACUUUCUGGAGAACGCAAAGAAACUGUCCAUGUAUGGAGUGGACCUCCAUCACGCUAAGGACUCUGAGGGGAUCGAAAUCAUGCUGGGCGUCUGCGCAAACGGCCUGCUGAUUUACCGCGACAGGCUGAGGAUCAACCGCUUCGCCUGGCCGAAGAUCCUGAAGAUUUCAUACAAGAGGAGCAACUUCUACAUCAAGAUAAGACCCGGAGAGUACGAACAAUUUGAAAGCACCAUCGGUUUCAAGCUUCCAAACCACAGAGCUGCAAAGAGGCUGUGGAAGGUCUGCAUCGAACACCACACCUUCUUCAGGCUGGUGUCUCCAGAACCUCCUCCCAAAGGUUUCCUGGUGAUGGGUUCAAAGUUCCGGUACAGUGGAAGGACGCAGGCUCAAACCCGGCAGGCCAGCGCCCUCAUCGACCGUCCCGCUCCCCACUUUGAGCGUUCUACCAGCAAGCGGUACCUGCUGUCCCGGAGCUUGGAUGGAGAGUUCACAUCCCGGCCGGUGUCAUCCAUGUGCGAGAACCACGACAGCCUGUCCCACCGCAGCAUCAGCGACCAGCGGCGUCUGCACAGCCCCUCUGGGGACGAGCAGGAGACCGAGCUGGAGCCUAGUUUGGAGCAGGACGAAGACGACAAGGACCAAGAUCAGAGCCAGGAGGAGUUAGAGAAGGACUUUGACGGCAACGUUUCUCCUAGCAGAAAGAAAGAGAUCAAGGAGGAGGCCGUCUCACCGGCUGACAGUAAACCAGAGCUGUCUCAGUUGGACCAGGAGACCACUCCUCGGCACAAGCAGGAGUUUUUGGAUAAGUCACAGGAUGUCCUGCUGAAGCACCAGGCCAGCAUCAAUGAGCUAAAGCGAGCCCUGAGGGAGCCCAACAGCAAACUGAUAAACCGUGAGAAGCGACUGUCUGCAACCACACCGACUGGAACGCCAGAGAAGAAGGCUCUGGGGGGCCGAGUCAUUGGGAAGGACCCUGUAAACAGCUUGUCUGUUGAGGGUUUCAUCCAGAAGACUUACGUGACUUCACCUGAGGGUUCCGAGGAGUGGGUAUUGAUUGAAAAACAACAUCCAUAUCAUCAAGAGCACGACUGGAAGGCAGAGGAGGAGAACAAACUUUGCACUUCUGAGAAAAAGGAGCUGAGGAAAGAGAUCGACAUCACGAAAAUGAUGCAUGCUGAAGUAACAGGGUACCAUAAGGAGGAGACGAAAAGCCAUACCGAUGAAUUUCCUUUAACUCCUGAGGCAGGCUCUGAGAUUUUGCCUCCUGGGUCUCUGUUUUCCGAGAACGCAGACGUUUCAAAAGAUAGGCCUGCAAGUAAACUUUCUCACGCCUCAGACCCGGAGGCGAGCAGUGAUGUGGCCCCAGGCUCCCAGCAGAUGAAGGAGCGGACUGCCUCUAAAACAAGGAAAAAGAGGAGACCCCAGAGCUUAAACCUGGCAAUGCCCACAGAAUCUGCCUACAGAAAAGCAGGGAGUGAUUCCUCUGUAGAGGAGAACGAAGGCUCGGACUCGGACAACAGCUCAGAAAGAACGUCUAAACGAGGAACUCGUUCAGAGACGAUUGAUGAUCAGGGAUCAGGACAGGAUCCGUCUGCCAGGGUCUGUAAAGACAACAAGCCAGAGGAUUUACCCGCAGGGGACAGGAAGGUGUCUAAUCAAGCUCCGGAGCAAGUGAAGAGAAAUUUACAUCAUGCAGGGACGAUAGACUUGGGUUCCUUAAACGGACCUGUGAAGAUGGAACACGACAGUUCUCUGUCGGCCGUUAAAGGAGAGAGUGCUGUGAAGGCACGAGGGAAGGGGCUCAUCGACAACAAGGAAUUGGCAGAGGUCAAACUUCGACAAGUCAGGACUCACGAGAGAAAGAUCAGUAGUUCCUGUGGUGAAGACGUGGAGGGUGUGAUGGGGGAGAGAAGCCAAAGGUCAUCUCUGCACCGGCUGUCGGGAAGUAGCUACCAGUCAGAAAUCACCAGGAUUGUUCCUCUCAAACCAGAGAGGUCAAAGAGCCUCGCCUGCAAGGAUGAGAGAGCGGAUCAGACGGCGAAGGAGGAGCCCACUCCACCUAACAGAAGAGAAUACCGCUGGUCCGUCGGGUCCCCAGAGGCGUCCUCAGACCUCAACUGGACUGACGUUCCUACAUUCCCCCCGGGAGAUCCCGAGGGCCUUCCAAAAGCAGAUCAGCCCUGCGACAGCUUUCAGUCCACACGAGGGUCGAAUCCAAAAAUGGCUCCCCCUGCUCCGCCAGUCAAAACAAAGAAGGCCAGGGAAUCUGGAUUGAUACUGCGGAACAGCCGAAACGCCGGCAGGGAGCCGAGCCUGGAAUCAGCCAAGAAGAGACUCUCGGAGCCUGUCUCCACUCACGCAAUAUACGAAGAACCGCUUGCUGACUUCAAGAAAGAGCCCGGCGAGAGGAGGCCCCACACCAUCGCAGCCUCAGAGGAGGAGCAGGAGCGCGACACCGUGGCCUCCAUGCGAGAAAGCCAGCUGGGCAUCGAGCGCAAGUGCUCCAGCAUGACGGUCAGCUCCACGUCCAGCCUGGAGGCCGAGGUGGACUUCACCGUCAUCACUGACCUCCACAUUGGGGCGGACUCCAUGGCGGAGCUGGGGGAGAGGGAGCGGCAGCCGGAAGUAGGGAGGGAGGACUUCGAGGAGACCUCCAGGUUCUACUCGGCCCGCUUGAUGGGCUUCAGAGACAAGUCUCCCAUGGAGGAGAAGCUUCCCGAGGAGGGAACGCUCCAGGAGCCUCCUGUGGCAAAGAAGGACCCCAACACCGUGAGCGUCGCCCACAAGAUCCGGAGAUCCGAUUCCAGAACGGAGACGCACACGAAUGGAUCCGAAGUUCAUUCCAACGUCAUCAAUGUUUCCCCACAGAACUGUGGAGUGGUCAGCCCACAGGAGACUCCAGCUGCCCUUAAGGAAAAUGGCUCCCCUGUAAAAGCCGGCACACAGGGGAGAGAGUCUGUCGUGUCCCCGCUGACCAUCACAGCAGAGGCCGUCACUUCAGCAACCACAACACAAGUCACCAAGACGGUGAAAGGAGGCUAUUCAGAGACCAGAAUCGAAAAAAGGAUCAUAAUCACGGGGGACGACGACGUGGACCAGCAUCAGGCGCUCGCCAUGGCGAUCCAGGAGGCCAAGCAGCAGCAUCCGGACAUGCUGGUGACAAAAGCCGUGGUCAUCAGGGAAACGGAGUCUCCCACCGAGGACUUCCAGCAGAAAGCAGAGUCCUGAUGGGACGCGGCGUCCUCUGGAAGUGGGGAGGAUCCUCCAGCUGCGCGUCUCCUUUAAGAGGACUUCGUCCCGCCACCGUGUUCACGCCGACACCAGAACAGACUGCUCUCUGAGAAGCAGAAGAAAAAAAAGAUAAAAUUGCCUCCUCCCCUUUAGAACCCACUCAGAGGGUUCCCGCCCCCCCCCCCCCCCCCCCAAUGGAAGCAGGAGGGCGCCCUCUGCUGGAUGACCCGGGAUUCAAAGGCCCCAAACAUCUCCGCUCAUCACUUUAAUCAACUGCUGUCUUCUUAGCUUUUUACCUUUUUAUCAAUAGAAAAUCUAAUUUA